CCAGUAUUGCAUGUAAAAAUGUGCCACCAAAAAUAAAAGCCUAUCAUUUAAAAAAAACAACAACAGCAACUUGUUUGCGUUAAACCAGGCAUGUCCAAAGUCCGAAAUGAAAGCAAAGGGCUCGCGCGGCUCGACGUGUCCCCUUCGGCAGACGGACGUGGACCGCUUUGAAAUGAGAGCAGCGGGCGGACGGACGGACGGACGUGGAUUGUACGCUUUGAAAUGAAAGGCUAAAGGCUCAGGGCUCGGUGCGCUCGACGUGUCCCCUACGCGUCAAAGCCGCUCGACGUUUUCUUUCCUGCCUAUGUGACGGACGACGCGCGUCGGAGCUUGCGGGGCUACGGCCGUCACUUUCGCCUUCACGGCACUCACUCAACGCCAGCUCCUCGCUGCGUCCGUAUCGUGGCAUCCAUCGUCCAUCGCUCAAGAGACAACUUUUCUUUGGUGGACUGCGCGCUUUGGAGAGCAUCGGAGAUGCGGAUCUUCUCAAUGCGCGUUGCACUGGUGCUGCUGCUCCUCUCGCCAUGGCGCCCCGUUAAGCCAGAGACAGUCUGCACGUGCGAUAAGGACAAGGCGUGCGUCUGCGAAGUGGGUGACACCGUCACCUUAGAUAGCGCCGAAGGCACCAAACCGGUCACCUGGACGAAGAAUGGCGCUGAGAUCGUGAAAGACAGGGCUACGUAUGCGGAGGGUGCGGGGGCCAAGCAGAAAGCAACAAUGACUAACUUGGUCAAAGAGGACAGCGGGGUGUACACUGCAACAUGGAAGUCAGGAAACGCGGACACAACUGCGUCUUUCACGGUGGCCGUUGCGCCAGUCAUCUGCGACUCCAACAAGGUGUGCGAUGUCACCAAUGGACACAGCUUCAAAUUACCUUCCGGCAUCUCGUCAGGCACUGCCAAGUGGGCCAAACAAACAGUCGGCAUCGACGACCAAAAGUUUGUAAACACCGCUGAGCGGUAUGAUCUGAUCAGCCAGGCUGACUCGGCCGCUGCCGGGAUGUACGUGGCCAGUAAGGACGGGUCCAAUGACGAGGUGACGGCGUUCCUUGUCCAGGUUCACAACCCGGUCACAGUCAGCGUUGAACGUGUGGCUGAAAAGCAGGUGUCCCUCUCCUGCAUUGCAUCGGGGAGCUUCAAAGAACUCAAGUGGAAGAAGGGAGGAGCCCCUGUCACCGCCAGUGGCUCGAACUACAAACUCGGUCUGAACAACGCGCAGUUGAUCAUCCAGGGUGGCCCAGCCAAGGCGGGCGAUUACACUUGCGUGGCCGUACAAUUCGACGGCAGUGAGAAGGAGUCCCCAGCCUUGGACCUCAGCAGCGUUGGCGACGGCAACGUUCUCCUCUCCAACCCCAGUGGUGUCAAACCAGGCGGUGGCACUGGGGACACCAGUCGGAGCGCUUCCGUGACCCCGUCCUACAGUAAUGCUCUGCUGGUGCUGUGCGUCCUGCUUCAGCUCUACUGGAUGGUCUAGCGCCCGCCGCAAGCCCAUCCGGCCGUCUUGCUUUUCAGCUGCUGCUGUCCGCCGCGUCCGUGGACAGAGAGAGCUCCACCGUGGCCAGCAUUGGGAGGGAGGUCGGUCAGCACACAGCGAGCCUGGAACGCGCCGCCGCCAUGGCAGGAGGAGAGAAAUUUGCCGAGUCAGACUACCAGAAAUUGCCUCUGCAGAAGUUGGAAGCGUGUACGGUCGCCAUGGAGAGUUUGGGCGCUCCACCCUUAAAAAUUCACAACAUCCAUCUGACUGACAAGCACAAUCGAAUAGACC